UUCUCCUCCCCGGGGGACCAGGUAGUAAGCUCUGAACUAAGCAUUUCUUCAGUGAGCGAUCAAGAUGCCUACAGAGCAGGACUGCAGCCAGUUAGCCAGUGGAAAGCCUAUGGCCUGGAUGGCUACCCAGGCUUUAUUUUCAUCCCAAACCCCUUUCUUCCGGGCUGUCAGCGCCACUGGGCAAAGCAGUGUCUGAAGGUAUACCCCCAAAAGCCCAAUGUGUGCAAUCUGGAUAUGCAUAUGGGUGCUGAGGAGACCAUUGAUUUGUGGGGGCAGAGCCAGGAGUGCCUCAGGAACAAAGGUUCCAGUAAAAGGGAGCCUAGAAGUUUACUGGAGAAGCUACGUUGGGUGACCUUAGGUUACCAUUAUAACUGGAAUACUAAGAAGUACUCAGCCGAUCACUGCACUCCUUUCCCCUCCGACCUAGCAUUUUUGGCAAAGCAAGUGGCUGCUGCCUGUGGGUUCCAGAACUUUCAAGCUGAGGCAGGGAUCCUGAACUACUAUCACUUUGAUUCUUCACUGGGAAUUCAUGUGGAUGAGUCUGAGCUGGACCAUUCCCAGCCUCUCUUAUCAUUCAGUUUUGGACAGUCCUCCAUAUUUUUGCUAGGGGGCCUGAAGCGUGAUGAAGCCCCGACAGCCAUGUUCAUGCACAGUGGGGACAUCAUGGUAAUGUCUGGCUUCAGCCGUCUGCUGUACCAUGCUGUUCCACGGGUCCUUCCCAACCCAGAGGGGACAACUUUGCCCUUUUGCCUGGAGCAAGCGUUUCCUUCAGACCUUUCUGACUGCUCGGUUAUUGAGCACUGCUCUGAAGAAGACUGGCAGAUCUGCACCAAGUAUUUGCAGACUUCUCGCAUUAAUGUGACCAUCAGGCAGGUGCUGGCUGCGGGUCAGAGCUUUUUAGAUGAGCCCAAGGAAGAGAGACAAUGGGAUGCAACCUCUGAAAACUGUUACCACCAGGAGGAGGAUGAAGUCAAGUGGCACAGGCUGAAUACAGACAGCUGAGAUCUGGAGACCACACUUGGGCCAUUGGCUUGGACUGUACUGGUAACUUCCUAGAUUGGGCAUGUUGCUCAGAUGACCACAUGGCACCCCAUCCAAUGCGGGAGGGAGUUGUGGACUGCAGCAGAAUGGUUGUGAUCUUUAUUGCUAAAUGGUGAGGGGAGGAAGGAUGUUUGUGUGACCAGAACACAGGGCUGGGACUCACUUCUGUUUCCAGCUCUGUCAUGAAAUUGCUGUGGGAUGAUGGGCAAAUAAUGUUUUUUCUGUACCUUAGUUUCCCCAUCUGCAAAAAUACCCCAUCACAGAGAUUUUGACACACUAUUCAUUAAAGCUUGCUAAAGCACUUUGGGUAUGUCUACACUGCAUUCCUCUUUCGAGAGAAGAAUGCAAAUGAAGCGUGGAUUUGAAUUUCCCGUGUUUCAUUUGCAUAAUCACGUCUGGGCACUAUUUCGAAAAAAGAAACGCUGUUUAGAUGUGGUUAUUACGAAAGAAAGUUUUCUUUUGAAAACCUUUCGAAAGAGGAAUGUGGUGUAGACAUACCAUUUGAGUUUAUUAGAUAGAAGGUUCUAGCAAAGGGAAGGUUAGGGUUGUUUUAUGUUAAAGUAAAUUAUUGGAUUUACAAAGCCCAAUUGAAGUGCACUACUGAUCAUGCCCAAGUUUGAAUGAGCAUCUGUGCUCAGUGAUUUUAAUAUGGGGCCACAUCUGCAGCUCUCAGAAACCAGAGUGUGCCCUAAACAUGCUUUGCAGAAGGCUUGUUGUGUCACCUGGAGUCCUGACCUUACAGCAGACGCUCAUCUCAUAAGUAGGACUGAGCUCUUUGAAAUACUUCCGGUUUUAAAGCACAAUAAUAAGGGCCAGACUUCCCUGGAUACAUACUGAUUUCUGUUCAGGUCUCUUCCCUAUGACUCCUCUGUGUGUGACCUGCAGACCCCAUUCUGUCAGAAUCUGUCCCUCUGGUUGUCUGCAGAAUGUGGUCUCUGCUGUUCCUGAUGGCUCCUUUAAGGAGCAGCAUGAGGAAAAUGGCUUACAAGCAGAAACAAUGAAUUUGUAAAUGAAGUACCUAAAAAAGAAAUUAAUCAGUGACUAUCGCUAUUGCCCAAAAGGUAAUUGUAUUGAAACAAAAUAAGGAAAACACAAGCUUCUGUGCCCAUCUUCUUUAGGACUCAGACCUUCCUAUCUGCUUUUUAAUGCAAUUUUAAUUGUUUGAGGGCAACGCU